CCACAGAUACCUGAAUUAUAACACUGUUUGGAACUGAAAGACAACGGGAAUUCACCUUCUGGAGCAGAGAUUUCAUGGGUUCAAAUUCCAACACGGUGGUGGUUACUGGUUUUGGUCCCUUCAGACAAUACCUGGUUAAUUCCAGCUGGGAGGCAGUGAAGGAGCUGUCCAAGAGAGGCCUUGGUGAAAACAUCGAUCUCCAGGUCAUGCAGCUGCCAGUGGUUUACCAAAAAGCAAAGGAGCAAGUCAUCAAGAUAUGGACGACUCUUCAGCCACUGCUUACUGUUCACGUUGGGCUGGCUUCAUCCACCACAGUCAUCAUCCUGGAGCAGUGUGGGAAGAACAAAGGCUACCAAGACAGGGAUGCUUGUGGUUUUCACCCAGAAGGUGCCUGCUGCGUGCUAGAUGGCCCAGAAAAGAUUGAAUCUACAAUUAAUAUGAAGACUCUCUGGAAAAACGUUUCAGUGGAAGGGAUUGAUAUCAUCUUCUCCAGAGAUGCAGGGAGGUACAUCUGUGAUUACACCUACUACACUUCUCUGUAUUAUGGCAAUGGAAGAGCAGCUUUCAUCCAUGUGCCUCCAUUAUCCAAUCACUUCCUUCAAAUCACAUGGAGCAGAGGUGCUGAACAGCACAGGUGAGCCUGGGGAGCAGCAAACCUGUUCUGUUUCCCCAACCAGUGAGGUUCUUGUAAUCCAAAAGGUAACUGCCCUAGACAGUAAAGUGAAAUGACCAGGUAAGAUGAUCCCACCCCAACCAGAGGGCUCUGGAAGACCAGGAUACUGAAGAUACAGAACAUUUUCCCAACUCCUUUACUCACUCGCUGUAUGGUGGGACACAAAGCUUGGGCGGGAAGGGGGAGAGGAACAAGCCAUGAGUUGGACAAGUCAGCGAUCCUUUUUGGCAUAUUGUAAAGCUAACUAGUAAACUGGUACCAUGGAAAAACUGAUCACAGACAGACACACCCACACACAGACACAGAAAAGUGCCCUUAAAUUAUAUUUUAGGCAUUUAUAAACUACAAACAUUUUAUAAAAUUAUUCUAUGUACUUACAAAAUGCAAUGAAACAUUUAAUUAGUUCUUGUAAACCAGAUCUUCGUCAACUGACUACCCGUAAUCUACUGGACUUAAAGCCCUAUUGAAAAUGCUAAUUAAUGGUUACUAAUCAACAGAACGCAUACCAAAAAAAAUAUAUGAGCACACACGCAAAUGCACACACACAAACUAGGGAAGUUCUAAGGUACUUGCAGAACAGACCAGCUGUAGGUGAGACAGAUCCAUACAGACCGAUGACAACCACUGCCAUGCUCCUGGGAACGAAUUCCCCGCUCCAGCUGCCAAGUCCGGAGGUUUAUGUACAAGUACCAACGAUCAGAACAGGGACACCUGAGCUCUGGUGCUGUCCCACAGAUUAAGCUCAGGAAAACCACCUCAAGCUUCUGCCAAGCCCUGUGUCUCCAGAUCCCCAUUGCCAUGUCCUGUUUUCAGGUGUCUCCCCACAAACACAUCUCCGUGCUGACUGACCCGGCUGCUCGAGGUCAGGGGCUGUUCAGCACCUCUGAGCAGCAGCUUUCUGAACUGAGGUGUCCUUCCUGCCUACUUGAGUUCUGUAUCUUCAGCACCCCUGGCCACUUGGGUUGUUCCUACACAUCGUUCUCCAAUCCUUGUCUGCACAUCUACUCAUGGGUUAAGUUGCAAUAUCUGGCUUUAUCACUGGUUAGUAAGGAGUGGAUCCCUUGCACCUUCCUCCACUGUUGUUCAGCCCAGUGAUUGAAUACACGGUUGACAAACAAAAUAAAGAAAACAGGAAACAAGUGUUACUUGUACUAAUGGAAUGAAAAGGGUUUAAAUAUAUAUAUCUAUAUUAUAGAUAUACAUAUGUAGGUAUAUAUAUAUGUAUAUAUAGAUAUAUAUGUAUGGAGUUACAGCAACAAUAGGAGUGUUGUUCACUUAGUCUCGGAUUGCACCGAGCACCCCUCAGCAGAUCCCAGAGGACCUGACAGCAGCUCCCUCUGGUCACCAGUCAUCCUGGGCAAACUGGGCCUUCUUUUUGUUUUGAGACCAAGAGGAGCAUCAGUGUGACCGUGCCUAGAACCACAGAGCACUUGGAGCCAGCUGGGAGGGGCAGAGGCAUCGCGCUGAGGGAGCCGCGGUGCCCGCGGGCUGGCCCGGCCCCACGCCUUCCACCGCGCUCGGCUGCUGCGCCUUUGUGUCAUCCCCCCAAAACAGCAUCUGAUUUACUCAGGAAUCACGUUCCUUUGCAACCAAAGCACCUCCUGUGCCCCCGAGAGCUCUGCAGUGCGGGGCAGGUGAGAGCCAUGGCUGGGCCCUGCAGUCACAGCCGCCUGCUCCCCGCAGCGACGCCAACUCCUUAUCCCACUGCAUCCAAACAUCUCGGUACCAUCCGGCAAAACGCUGGGUUUCAGGGCUGGGUGGGCUUUUGUUUUCAAUUUAUAAACAAACUGGAUUACUUGAACUUUAUUCAAACAUAGCUGAAGUUCUAAAUAAAUUUUCCAUACCAGACAAGCCAGUGGUCUCAGGGAAGAACAACAUUACAAACCAUAUCAUGACUCUAUCAAGCCAACAUUAAUUCUCAGUUGUUCACAUGCACAAACAACUCGAUUUACUGUCCAAGGGAAGUCUGCAUGAAAAACCCAUGUGAAUAAAGCUAUUCAAAAUGCACAAAACACAACAAAAAAAACUAUGGAAACAAACAGAACAAAAAAGGAAUUAAGCUUGAAUUGCAAACACAGAACGCAAUGGUAUCACGAAGGUGGUUUGGUCCAGGAGAGCUGACUGCCAUCACACACAUGUAUGUGAGGCCCUGUGACUGUCUUCUACUGAAGUGCUUUUUGAAAUGUUUCUCGUGAUGCUACGCCAUUAGUGUUUCUUCCUAAUGCAUUGUAAAACCACCUACAUACAAUUCUACAAACCAGUAACUCGGACAGUUUUAACAAAACCCUCCCAGCCAGCUGAAAGAUCUGAGGAUCUCCAGUUGUGGUAAUCAAUAUGUGCAAGGGAGGGGAACAACCACUGCACCCAAAGGUCACUGGAACAUAAUCAAACAUGGAAAACCAAACCCAUCUAGUGAAAACUUCCAAUUUUGCUGGUUUCUCAGGACUAGGGAGAAAUGCUCCCUCCAAAGACAAACUCUCAGAAUUAACCACAGCACUGUGUAUCCAAGAGGCCAUGUACAACUCCAAGCACCACAUUACUCAGAUACCACAACCAACACCUGCAGGAACAGCUGCCAGAGCUGGAAAAAGGGAAACAUUAUACAUCAAAUUGAUGGCAAGCUCGUGUUAGUCCUGUGUGCUUGUAAACCAGUUACACGCUGUCAGAGAGCAGUUAAAAUUUGAUGGCUGGUCCAUCAGAAUCCACAGUUAUAAGGCAUAUAAACAGGGGAAGAAAAGGGAACUGACUUUUUACUGGCGCGUUAAAAGAAAUCGAUUCAAUAUUAGUUUGGGGGAAGAAAAUUAAAAAAAAAAUAAAUCAGUGCUCUCAUCAAACAGAAGCAGCAAAGACCCAAAGCUGUAAACUCGAUCUAGCAGGAUCAUCAGGCAGCCUGUGACAGGUUUUUUGGUCAAGAAAGUGAUGCCAUCGCUGUAUGAGCCAAUUUAUUUUGGGGUUCUGAUUCAGCCAAAUGUCUUUUUGGUGCUUGUGACAUCUGAGCAAGAACUGGCAGGAAUGACUUAGCCCAUUCUACAGGACAAACAGAAAGACCAUUCCCUUUAGUAUUUCUUCUGGACCUCCAAACAUUGUAAACAGUUGAUUGCUGUAACAGAUUUCAGCAAAUACUCACAAUUUGAAGUCCCCGUAUCAGGUCACCAACAUUUCCACUCCUCCAAACAUGCAGCGUUUUGCUGCUGACCCACGGACUGCUGUGACAGCACAUGAAAAAGCCUCUGUGUUUCCUUACAGAAUGGUCACCCCAAGUCAGACAACUCUUGGAUUUCUCCUCACAAUAACGAAUCUGAUGCAAAAAAUUGGAGAAACCCCUUGGAAUUGCGGCAAAUAUUCUGAAGUGACCCUUUGUGACAGGCAGUGAUUGUUCCCCUCCAGAACCUAGAGCAUGUGGUAUAUGGAGUGAGAGGUUACCAGUAUCAACGGCAUUUAUUGGCUGCUGAGAAAUGUGAGAUGUAUUCUUUUUAUAUACACACAUAUAAAAAAAUAAGAGUGAGGUAGAUAAAUGUUUGAAAAAAAAAAAUCAAAAACUGUCCCCCUGUCAUACUCUAAAACCCUUAUCUUAGUAUUUAAAUUUAUUAUGGGGCAUCUCUACAGUGAUUUAAACUGAUAUCACAAAAAUAAAUAAAAAAUCCUACAUAGAAUACCUUCUUAAUUAACUUUUUUGUCUUUUUCAUUUUUAAAAGGGAAAAAUAACUACGGGACAGAGGCAAGAGAAGAUAAUGGGACCUAAACUACACAAGCAAAAAGCACUACAAACUUUUUAAAAUCUCCAGUCAAAACUAGCAAUCAGUAUAUUUUAAUCCGUUGUUCUUACUCAAAAGAUUUGAACGUUUCCAUCCCAGAACCACCUCUUCCUGCCAUCGUUUGGUUGGAUCAGUGCUAAACAAAGGCCCGGACGCUGGAACUAAGGUAAGAUGAGCAACUGGUGCAACUCCUUGGUUGUCGACUUCCUGACGGCCCCUCCUUCCCCUCUCACCAAGGCUUCUGCAACUGAGCAAACAAGCUCACUCGUUUUCUUUUGUUCUGAGGUUUGGUCUAUGAUUUAAGCCACAAGCUUGGACUUGUACAGGUUUCCAUAGCUGCCAACACUUCACCGUUUGCCAGCCAAGCCGCUGGCCCCAGCUCUGUGCUUUCCACCCAGCUCCACAGAAAUGGGGUGGUGGCUUCGUUUGGUUGGUGCUUGUUUUCCUCACCAGGGGUGUGAAGUGCAGCCCAGGUGCCCUCCCAGGAGGGUUCCCCUCCAUGAGAGCUUUCCCAUCAGGAAGGAGAAGAGCUGGGGUUGGCUGGAGCCAGGUGUUCAGUGGCCACCCUAGGAAUGCCUGGCAUCAUCGCCAGCUGCACCUGGCAUAGCUCUUGUUCACAGGGUGGGAGGGCUAAAUAGUCUUUUUACAGAUCAGUGACCCAAAAGCCUGGUUGUCUGCUGUUGUACCCAACAAAUAAUUUAAAAAGAAUACAUGUGUGUGUGUGUCUGUGUGGGGAUGGGCGGGUGGGGGGGUGUGCCACAACCAAAACAAGCGGGGAGGGGACGAGGGGUAGGACCCUUGUACAACAAUGAAUAUAAACACUGAACAAGAAUGUACUAAAUAUUUAACCUUUUGUUUCUGACCUGAGUUUGUAUCAUGCCUUGCACUGUAAGAGACUCCCGUGCUGCCUGGGCAGAGGAUAGUGGGAAGGAAGGAAAACCGGGGCUUAAAAACACCACACCACAGCACUGCCAGAGUGUUCCCGUGCGGGGUGUCCCUUCUUUCUCCGUGUCCCCCUCAAAAGCCCUGUAAGCCCACACAGCCAAGAUGCUGUAAAACAACUAAUGGGAAAAAAAAAUAAAAUAAAAUUAAAUUAAAAAAAAAAAAAAAAA